GCCUUCUUUAAAGAAAUCACAUACCAAAAAUCCAUCCUUGAAAGCAAAAACAAAGUGUUCCAAAAAAUCUGCACAACGAAAGCCAAACUUGAGAAUGUUGACUUUACACCAGCUGAGGACCUAAUGAAUGCUGCCAAUGAAAGGUUCCAGAGUGUUGUUAGCAGUGCUAAGGAAUGGGAAGGACAGUUUGAAACCUUGGCCAGACUAUGGCGGUCAUGUCAACAGCAGCAACAGCAACUAGAGGAUUGGUUGGAAACUGCCCAGAAUAUUUUAGAUGAUAAUGAAGAUGACCCUGACAGUCUUAUAUCUAAACAUAAG